UUCCUGUUCUCGCGGGAGCUAGAGGCGGGACUGCCACGUCCGAGCAAACUUGGAAAGGAGAGGAUCCCGGAGCUGGUGAGAAUUCCCCGCUUUUCCCUAUCGUCCUUUCCAGGCUUUUUUCCCCCACCUCGUCAUAGAGACGAGGUCCCAGAGAGUCUGUAAGGUGGAUGAUCAAAGCUUAGAGCCGUGUCCCCGGGGGCCCUACAUCCGGGAGGAGGUUCGGAAUAAAAAGAACGAGUCUUGGGAACAAUGCGGGUGGGGGCAGAAUGGAAUGGGGGAGCGGCUCUUAGAAGUGGACGGAGGGCGCGAGCGGAGUAACGUGGACCUCGCAUAGGUAUAGAGUUGAUCAAGUGGAGUCACUGUUUCUGUCCCUCUGGUCAGCAUGAUGGCCAGAGGCCUGGGGGCCCCCCACUGGGUGGCCGUGGGACUGCUGACCUGGGCGGCCUUGGGGCUGCUAGUGGCCGGACACGGGGGUCAUGGUGACCUGCACGAGGACCUGCACGAGGACUUCCAUGGCCACAGCCACUCACAUGAGGAUUUCCACCAUGGACACAGCCACGCCCACGGCCAUGGUCACACUCAUGAGAGCAUCUGGCAUGGGCAUACCCACGGUCAUGGCCAUGGACAUUCACAUGAGGAUUUGCAUCAUGACCAUAGCCAUGGCCACUCCCAUGAGAACCUCUACCACAGAGGACAUGGACAUGACCAUGAGCACAGCCAUGGAGGCUCUGGGGAGGUUCCAGGCAUCAAGCAGGACCUGGACACUGUCACUCUCUGGGCUUAUGCACUGGGGGCCACAGUGCUGAUCUCUGCAGCUCCAUUUUUCGUCCUCUUCCUUAUCCCUGUGGAGUCAAACUCCCCACGGCACCGCUCUCUGCUCCAGAUCUUGCUCAGUUUUGCUUCUGGUGGGCUCCUGGGAGAUGCCUUCCUGCACCUCAUUCCUCAUGCCUUGGAGCCUCAUUCUCACCAUCUUCAGGACCAGCCGGGACAUGGACACUCCCACAGUGGCCAGGGCCCUAUUCUGUCUGUGGGACUGUGGGUCCUCAGUGGAAUUGUCGCCUUUCUUGUGGUGGAGAAAUUUGUGAGACACGUGAAAGGAGGACACGGACACAGUCAUGGACACAGUCACACACACGGAAGUCAUGGACAUGGAACACAGGAGCAUUCUUCAAAGGAGAAACAGAAUUCAGAGGAAGAAGAAAAGGGAGCAGGGGGGUUGAGGAAGCGGAGAGGAGGGGGCACAGGGCCCAAAGAUGGGCCAGUGAGACCUCAGAAUCCUGAAGAGGAAAAAACAGGUUCAGACCUACGUGUAUCAGGGUACUUGAAUCUGGCUGCUGACUUGGCACACAACUUCACAGAUGGUCUGGCCAUUGGUGCUUCAUUUCGAGGGGGUUGGGGAUUAGGGAUCCUGACCACAAUGACUGUCCUGCUACAUGAAGUGCCCCAUGAAGUUGGGGACUUUGCCAUCUUGGUCCAGUCUGGCUGCAGCAAAAAGCAGGCAAUGUGUCUGCAACUACUGACGUCAAUAGGGGCACUGGCAGGCACAGCCUGUGCCCUCCUAACUGAAGGAGGGGCAGUGAGCAGUGAAGUUGCAGGUGGCACAGGUCCUGGCUGGAUUCUGCCAUUCACUGCAGGUGGCUUUAUCUACGUAGCAACAGUGUCUGUGUUGCCUGAGCUGUUGAGGGAGGCGUCACCAUUGCAGUCACUUCUGGAGGUGCUGGGGCUGCUGGGAGGAGUUGUCAUGAUGGUGCUGAUUGCCCACCUCGAGUGAGAGGUGGGAUAAACUGCCCCAACCCCAAACUUCUAGCCUCUAAGCCCUUUGGGUCUGGGGUCUGUAGAGUUUGGGGGCCCUGGCCAGACACAUCUGCCAAAGGAAGGAGUUGUAUCCUAAGGAAGUGGUGGCUUUGGCAUGAGGGUAGCAAGGUUUGACAGUCUUAUAGGGGCUGUAGGGAUGAGAAUGAGAGGCCAGAGGGACCAUAAUGUUGGGCAUGUGCUGACCAUGUUGUAGGGUAUUGGGGGCUAAAUGGCGCCGUGUAGAAGGCUGGGAGAGACCAGUGAUGGCAGCCUACCCUAGUCUCCUAUCCCAUCUGUUCUCAGAGAACCAAGCUGCCACACAGGUUUCUCCAAGGUCCUCCUCGGUCCCUCCCACCUGCUGGAGGAGGCCUCAGGGAGGAGGAGAGCCCUGGGCAGAGGGGGCAGCAGGAGUCGGGAUAAACAUCUAUUAAACAUCAAUCGUGUAUCGUGAUUUGGAGGGUUGGGAGGGGCUUUAGUUGCUAAUCUCAUGGCCUGAUUUUUAUUUUGUUUCUAAAUUUUUUUAUAUCGCUGUUUGAAUCGAGGGCGUGGGGUGGUGACCGGAAAUAAAGUCCUCGGAUCUUCCGC